CCUCUGCUCGCCGCCGUAUUGAAAUAACAAGCGCUCCUUCCCUCCUGUGACACAUUUCUCGUUGCCUGUCAGAGCUGCGCCGUCCAGCCGCGGGAGGAGAGUGGAGCUCUCGUGGGCUGAACGGAACCACAGAACCGCAACCGCCGGCCGCUUAUUUUUCGACGACUUUUAUUUAUUUGUUCAGAGAAAUGACUCAACGUAACACGGCGUUCAAGCUCGCCAGCUAGUGGAGUGUGAUCUGAAGGGAGAGAAAAGGGACGGCGGAGAACAUGGAUCUGUCAGACGGCUUGUUGCUGCAGGUGAACAACGGAGAACAGUGGUGUAACCGCUGGAAACAUCCCAAUGACGACUCGGACCGCAGCACCAGCCCCUCGGUGCUGCGCUGUGUUGCCAGCACGUGGAAGGAGGGCCUGCUGAACAGAAAGAGGCCCUUUGUGGGCCGCUGCUGUCACUCCUGUACGCCGCAGAGCUGGGAGAAACUGUUCAACCCCAGUAUUCCAUCUCUGGGACUCCGCAACGUCAUCUACAUUAAUGAGACCCACACCAGACAGCGCGGAUGGCUGGCGCGCCGGCUGAGCUACGUGCUGUUUGUCAUGGAGAGAGACGUCAACAAAGACAUGUUCACCAGGAACGUAGUGGACAAUGUGCUCAACAGCAACGGGGUGGAGUGUUCCAUUGCAGAGGUGGCCUCCGAUUUGGACGCCGCAGGCCGCCACCCGGGCCAAGAGCACAAAGCAAUCAGUAAAGUGAAGCAGAAAGCAAGGGCCUUCCUUCAGGAGAUGGUGGCCAACAUUUCACCGGCCUUCAUCAGGCUGACAGGUUGGGUCCUCCUGAGGCUCUUCAACGGUUUCUUCUGGAGCAUCCAGAUCCACAAGGGUCAGCUGGAAAUGGUCAAGAAAGCUGCUACAGAGCAAAAUGUGCCAAUGGUCUUCCUCCCCGUUCACAAAUCCCACAUUGACUACCUGCUCAUCACGUUGAUCCUGUUCUGUCACAAUAUCAAAGCCCCUCACAUCGCUGCUGGAAACAACCUUAGUAUUCCCAUCCUCAGCACCCUUAUCCGUAAACUCGGAGGAUUUUUCAUACGACGGAGAAUGGAGGAAACGGGCGAUGGAAAGAGAGACAUUUUGUACAGAUCCCUCUUACAUGCAUAUACAGAGGAGUUGUUGCGUCAGCAUCAGUUUUUGGAGGUCUACCUGGAGGGUACCCGCUCCCGCAGCGGUAAGCCGUCUACGGCGCGUGCGGGCAUGCUGUCCAUCGUGGUGGACACAAUGUGGACCGGGUCGAUCCCAGACGUGCUGGUGGUGCCAGUUGGCAUCUCUUACGAUCGUAUUCUUGAAGGCAACUACAAUAGUGAGCAGCUGGGCAAGCCUAAGCAGAACGAGAGUUUGUGGGGGAUCGCGUGUGGAGUGUUCAGGAUGCUGAGGAAGAACUAUGGCUGCGUCAGAGUUGACUUCAACCAGCCCUUCUCCCUAAAGGAGUACUUGGACUCUCAAAGAAACCGCCAUAUUCCACCGUCAGUGUCCUUGGAGCAAACCUUGAUGCCCAUCAUCAUCUCUGCACAGCCUGAUGCUCAGCUGUUUGAGGGGCAGGAAGAAGAGCAGCUGAACAGAGAGCUGCCCAAUGAUAUUUUAAGGCGACAACUUAUUAACAACCUCGCCAAGCACGUCCUCUUCACGGCUAAUAAGUCAUCGGCGAUCAUGUCCACCCACAUUGUAGCCUGUCUGCUGCUGUACCGACACAGACAGGGGGUGGUGCUGUCCAAGCUGGUGGAAGACUUCUUCAAUAUGAAGGAGGAGAUCCUUUCACGGGACUUUGAUCUGGGCUUUUCGGGGAACUCCGAGGAUGUGGUCAUGCGUGCCCUCCACCUGCUGGGAAACUGCGUCAACGUGACCAGCAGUUCAAAUCGCAACGGAGAGUUCACCAUCGCACCGAGCCAAACUGUACCAGCGCUCUUUGAGCUCAACUUCUACAGCAAUGGCCUUUUCCACGUCUUCAUUUCUGAUGCAAUCAUUGCUUGCAGCAUCCUGUCACUGCAGCGAGAGCUGGUCGUGGAAUCCGAGUCGGAUCAACCGGCUGAUGGUCCCAGCAGCCUCCCUCUCAGUCAGGAGAGGCUCAUCCGCAAGGCCGCAGGGCUCUCACACUUUCUCGUGAACGAGGUGUCUGUUGCACCACCCUGUCAGACUAUUUACCAGGUUUUUCAUGAUGCAGUGACCCGGCUGAUCCAAUAUGGAGUUCUCUACGUAGCAGAGGAGGACCACGAAGAACUGAGUCCCAGUCCGACGGAGGAACCCUGGCCCAAAAAGUUCCCAGAGCCCCUUUCAUGGCGAAGCGACGAGGAGGACGAGGACAGUGACUUUGGAGAGGAGCAGAGGGAUCGCUACCUAAAGGUGAGCCUUUCCGCAGAGCACCAGGAGUUCUUCGUCUUCCUGCAGCGGCUCGUCAGCCCGGUGCUGGAGGCCUACAGCGGCGCUGCGAUCUUUGUCCACAGUCUGAGUCAGCCCAUGGCUGAGUCUGAGUACACCCAGAGGCUCUUCAGAUACCUGCUCACCCGCACAGAGAGAGGAGUGGCCGCUUAUGGUGAGAGUGCAACUCAUUAUCUGGUCAAGAACACCGUGAAGACGUUCAAAGAGCUCGGGGUCCUGAAGCAGAGAAAAGAGAACCAGGUGACGGCUGUGGAGCUAAGCAGCACCUUUCUACCUCAAGCCAACCGGAACAAACUCCUGCACUACAUCUUAGGUUUCGCGCUGCUGUGACCGACACACCUUUCAGCCCAGCCGGAACCGCAGGCUCCUUCCAAUAAAGGGCUUCUACUGGUUACUUCUAAACAAUCCCAGGUGCUAGUCUGUGGAAAGCUUUACCAGGAAGUGCCUUCAUGUAACAGGAAGAGACUUGAAGACAGUCUUCCCUUUUUGUUCCCGUAUCUGACUCCCCUUCUUAGAACUGUGCGGCUGAUAAAACACAUGUAUUGUUCUUUUGAAGAGGUGCCGCUAGGGAUCAUCCUCUCUUUGUGAACUUUUGACAUUGAAGACAUGAGGUUUUAAUAUCAUCUACAUUUUAAACUUAAUCAGAAAAUAUACUCAAGCAGGUUAGUUAAUAAGAAUGACUUUUACAGCAAUCUGAACAAAGCAAGCUGCCUUUUGUCUAUUCAAUUAAUCAAGCAAAAUAUGCAUAGAGAAUAAUUAUUAACAUAAACAACAAAGGCAUUUUCAUGUUGUCUGUUUAUUUUAAAGCUGCUGUAUUCUCUCUAGUGCACUCUACUAUCAUACAGUAGAAAACAUGUCUAAUGUAGCUGUAUGAAAGGCUGAUUGUGAAAACAAAUAGGCCACAAGAGCAAGUGUCUCAUCCGUAGUGCAUUUAGAGUCAUUCACUCUGGCAUCAUUAACUUUAAAAAUGUAGGUACAUUAGAUAGAAUGUGUUUUUUCCUGCAACAUACGUACGUAUCCAAAUCUUAAUUUGCUAAAUUAAGUAGUGAAAUCCAAUCCUCCUUACAGACAAAGAUGAUCAAUUAUGCAAAUUAUACACAGUUCAUAUAUCAAAGAUAUACGCAGAAUCGAUUUGUCCAGCCGUGCAAAAAUAGCUACUAAAAUAUACCUGUUAAAAGUCCUGCGCAGUCCAAAGUCCUUUCUAAGUGCAUUCAGCUCCACCUUCUUGUCAUUGGUUUUUGAUGAUAAGUCACUUUCAUUUCUUCGCAUAACAGCUCUUUCACCUGUUGAUCAAUGUUCCAUAGCAGAGCCCUUAGAACACUUAAUACCAGCCAUCACAUCCACGUUGGUUCAAAUGCAACAAGCUCAAACUCUUAGGUUAUGCCUUACAGGGAACGCAGAGAUUUGGGUUCCCCGCUACACUUUCUUGUAUUCAUAACACACUUCAUGAAACUGCUGAGGGAGCAGCUUUGCUAUAAUGGAUGUGCAUUUGCGAAACAAAUACUCCAUUAUAGCAAAAGACAAUUAAGUGUUGGCAAGGUGGUGUCUCCGCUGUACUGGUGAAGAAAAGAGAGGACGUCUUUCUCCUUCGGAUGCUUUUAAAUGCAAACUACUGAAAAACUAAAUAAUAGUGCUUAACUGUCAGGUUAAUCUAUUUUAUUCAUCUUUUCAUCUUUUGUUCCAAAAAAAAGAAAGAAAUGGUGUCUGAGAGGUUGGGAGUUGAAUAUUUGUGGUAACAGAAAAUAGGCAAGAGGCAACAUCAAACACAGACAAAAAAAAGAUGAAAAACUCUUUGUGCAUUUUAGCUGCUUAACAAUUAUACUUUUUCAUUUUUGCUGAAAAAUCUGAGGACUCGAAAAAAUAAACGUAGAACAUCUAAGUAGAGGAUGGUGUCUGAGUGAACACCAAAACGAAAAGACAGCAUGUGUUUGGAAAGGGUGGAGAAAAAAAAAGAGAAAGAAAAGCUGAUUAAUUUCUUAUGUUAUUAGAGGCGAUGCUGACGGCAUUUUCUCCGAUUGAUAAUGUGAAGCAGACAAUGUGAAUGUUGUCAAACAACAUUCUCCAUCUGUCAGGGCAAUAAAAGAACGUGGGCAUUGGGUGUCUGCCGGUAAACAUUUAAAUGAGUAUUUAUACUAAAAGACACUGCUUGUUGCAAUUAACUGAAAUGCUUUUUGUCGACUUCUUGAUUUAAUAAUAUAAACCUGCCUAUUUUUGUGCAGUCAAAUCUGUGUACGAAAUGACCCUGAGAUGGAAACUCGUUUGUGUUUGCCGCAGCAUGUUGAAGAACAGGAGCGUACGUCAUUUAAACGUGAAUGUGAUCAAAGUGAUUUGGUUUACAUUAAAGGCCUUUUCGAGCCCCAUAAUCUGUUCAGGUCCCCAUGUUGAGGGACCCCCCCCCUCCGCCAGGAUAAAAAAAAAAAAACUACUGCGUACUGUACUGCAUGUCUGCUCUGGUCGCCUUUAAUCAUCGACAGUUCAAUGUGAGAUGAGUUUGAUUCGUUUACCUCCUGAAUGUAUCUGUCUCUUGAAAGGUCAAAGCGAUGUUGUACUCGAUGGUGUCGAUUGGUUGAGAGUCAUGUCUGCAUUAACAGCAUCCCUGUACAACCAUGUAACUUUGUAGGAUAAAAGAAAGCCUGUAUCUGGGGAGCAGGUGUCUCUUUUUUAAUACACUGUAGUGUUCUCUGGUUGUGUUUUCAUUGGUUUGUUUCUUGUGCAUGUUAUUUUGUGUUGGAAUCCAAAAGGACACUGUAGAUUGUAAUUUAAAACAACACAAGAGCAGAUGACUUGUUACUAGAGGAUGAAUCACCAGCUACUAAAAGAAAAUGUAAAGUGUCACUUUUUUUUGUUCUUGCUUUCUCCGAGCAAAGCACAAUUGGCAUUAUUAGAUUUUGUUUUUAAAUAAAUUAAUGAUAGAUUAACAA